AUGGCACUGCCGAACAAAACCGCCCUCGUGGGCCUUGCAAACGCACUUUCAGAACAGGUAAAGAGUUAUCUGGCCACUACAGAUGGGACGGAGCUCUCCAAAGACCAGAGUGUGGGAAGCCCCUCCUCGACGGAACACGCACAGGCUUGGGAGAUCGUGCGCACCUGCGACCGCAUCGGCUCCUUGAUCCAUGGCCCUGUUCCCUGGCUCCUAAGCAACGCGCUAUCGCAUCUCGAUAGCGCCUGUCUAGCUGCUGCUGUCCAGCUCAACCUACAGGAUAUCAUAGUGGACGGACCUAGUCCCACAUCACUCGACACAAUUGUCGUCGCAACUGGGGUCUCCGAGGAUUUACUACGACGGAUCCUUCGAGGAUGCGCCCAGCGCUUUAUCUUCGAGGAGGUUGCCCCUGGCCAAUACGCCCACACUGAUGCCUCAAAGAUGUUGCGGGUGACGGGCAUUCACGCCUUAGUGGGAUUCUCACGUCCUCACCAGGCAUACCGACCUAGCUGUGACGAAGUGAUGCGUUCGGGUGCCUACUUUUCCGAAUUUUUGCAGCAGACGAAAGGCAAUCCUCCGAGCUGGAAUGUGCCUUCGCCUUUCUCAUUGGCAUUUGAUCCUGCCAAAGGGUUAUUCGACUAUUACAACACGGUGGAUGAGGUUCGUGGCCGCCGCUUUGAUCUAGGUAUGGGUGGCACCGAAGCCACGAAGCCACUGGUAGAGGAGAUGUUUGAUUUCAACAGUCUACCUGAGGGAAGCACCGUUGUCGAUGUCGGCGGUGGUCGGGGUCAUCUCAGCCGGCGGGUUUCACAGAAGCAUUCCCAACUCAAGUUUAUUGUACAGGACCUGCCGGCCGUCAUUCAAGGAGUGGAGGACACCGAUCAAGUCACCAUGAUGGAGCAUGACAUCCGCCACCCGAACCCUGUGCGUGGCGCCGACGUCUAUCUUCUCCGAUCGAUUCUCCAUGACUAUCCCGAUGCUGCAUGCGUGGAAAUUCUCUCUAACAUCGUCAGCGCCAUGGACCCGGUCAAGUCGCGCAUCCUGCUCGACGAGAUGGUUAUGCCUGAUCUUUUAGCGCAGGAUUCGCAGCGAUUCAUGAAUCAGAUCGACAUGACCGUUGUUCUGACAUUGAACGGGAAGGAGAGGUCUACCAAGGAAUGGGAUUCGCUCAUUGCGACGGUAGAGGGUGGGUUGAAGACUGAGAAGACGUGGUGGCGCCAAGGCGAGGAAGGGUCGCACUGGGGCGUCCAACAAUUGCGUUUGCGCGGCAACUCGGCGAAGUAG